UCCCUCAUCAGCCCGUGAAGGCACUCAACGUUGAGUCCAGAUUCAUCUUGCGGGGUCAGGGCAGGGGUGUAAAGGGGUUCUCGCGGCUUUGGUUGAUAUCCUUGACGGUCCCUUCAUAAUACAGAUCUCUCAUACGUUUUAGGCUCGAUUCUCAUGGAUUUACCAUGUUCCUCACGAUUUCGCUUCGGCCUGAAAAUCAGUGGCCUCUGUCUUCCGGGGUUCCAAGACAGAACUGGGCCUGUGCGGUUUGGUCGCGCCCCUUCUUCAACCCGCUCGGGCGGGCGGGUCGCGAGAGCAUAAAGCGGCAACGCAAAGCGGCAACGCUCACCUGGCUCGAAUCCAUUGGCAAGCGGGCACUCCGAGGCAGGGAGAAAGCGCUAGGGCCGCAACGCACGUCGACGCUAGGCACGGUCAACAAUCUCGGCAACCUCUAUGCCGAUCAGGGUCGUUUCAACGACGCCGAGGCCAUGUAUGAGCGGGCACUCUGA